AUGGUUUUAGCGGAUCUUGGGCGUAAAAUUACGUCGGCUUUGCGUUCGCUCAGCAAUGCCACAGUCAUUAAUGAAGAGGUACUAAAUUCCAUGCUAAAAGAAAUAUGCGCUGCUUUGCUCGAAGCCGACGUCAACGUAAUGUUGGUCAAAAGGCUGCGCGAAAGCGUGAGAAAUGUCAUUGAUUUUGAUGAUAUGGCUGGUGGACUUAACAAACGACGUAUGAUACAAAGUGCUGUAUUCAAUGAGCUCAUCAAACUCAUUGACCCUGGAGUCAAAGCCUAUCAACCUGUCAAAGGCAAGCCUAAUGUUAUCAUGUUUGUUGGUCUUCAAGGCUCUGGCAAAACCACUACCUGUACUAAAUUAGCUUAUCACUAUCUUAAGAAAAAUUGGAAGUCAUGUUUAGUGUGUGCUGAUACAUUCCGUGCUGGUGCAUACGAUCAAAUUAAACAAAAUGCUACUAAAGCCAGAAUUCCAUUCUAUGGAAGUUACACAGAAGUUGAUCCAGUUGUUAUUGCUACAGAAGGUGUUGAUAUGUUUAAAAAAGAAGGCUAUGAAAUUAUUAUUGUUGAUACUAGUGGUAGGCAUAAGCAAGAAGAGUCACUGUUUGAAGAAAUGUUACAAGUAUCCAAUGCAGUUCAACCAGACAAUAUUAUAUUCGUUAUGGAUGCUACAAUAGGACAAGCUUGUGAGGCACAAGCCAAAGCUUUUAAAGAAAGAGUCAAUGUAGGUUCCAUUAUUAUCACCAAGUUGGAUGGACAUGCCAAAGGUGGUGGUGCUCUAUCAGCAGUUGCAGCCACAAAAAGUCCAGUUAUUUUUGUUGGUACUGGAGAACAUAUAGAUGAUCUUGAACCAUUCAAAACAAAGCCGUUUAUUAGUAAAUUAUUGGGUAUGGGAGAUAUCGAGGGAUUAAUAGACAAAGUUAAUGAGCUGAAUCUUGAUGACAACGAAGAGUUAUUAGAAAAAAUUAAACAUGGUCAAUUUACACUCCGAGACAUGUAUGAACAGUUCCAAAAUAUCAUGAAAAUGGGUCCUUUCUCACAAAUCAUGGGUAUGAUUCCUGGAUUCAGUCAAGACUUUAUGUCAAAAGGAACAGAGCAAGAGUCAAUGGCAAGACUGAAAAAAUUAAUGACUAUGAUGGAUAGUAUGAACGAUGCAGAGUUAGAUAACAGAGAUGGAGCAAAAUUAUUUAGUAAACAGCAAGGUCGAAUAGUAAGAAUAGCUCGCGGAUCUGGCGUUACAGAAAAAGACGUGAAAGAUUUGAUCACACAGUACACAAAGUUUGCUGCUGUUGUCAAGAAAAUGGGUGGAAUCAAAGGUCUCUUCAAGAGUGGGGACAUGACGAAAAAUGUUAAUCCUGCUCAAAUGGCAAAACUUAAUCAGCAAAUGGCAAAAAUGAUGGAUCCUCGGGUACUUCAUCAAAUGGGUGGCAUGUCUGGACUUCAAAACAUGAUGAGGCAAUUACAACAAGGUGCGGCUGGGGGCUUGAGCAAUUUGAUGGGAGGAUUUGGUGGCCAAUCUUGAAGCAAUAACAGUGCUUGAAUUCCAUAACUUCACGUACUGCCAUUUGUUGUACAUACUACAUGUUUACACGAGUUAUUGUAUAUUUUGUACAUUGGGCUUAGAGCCUAUAAGAUAUAUUAACGAAAAAAAAUAAAUAAACCAAUAUAAUGUUUCAUUCAAAUGUGAA